UGGUGGGUACUACAGGCUUUAUUCUGGUCCCUAUGGCCUGUGGGACCUCACCAGUGGGGGGAAGGCUGGGUGGGACAGAGGCAUCACCUGUGGUACCGGUCCCAUGGAUGAGGUGGAGUGGAUGCACAGACACCCAAAGGCUGAGGACCUAAGAAUUGGGCUCAUCAGCUGGGCAGGAACCUACCUCACCUUUGAAGCAUAUAAGAAUACAGUCACAGCUAAUGCAAAGAGUUUGGGCAGGAGACAGAUCUGGGACCUCCUGGUGAGCAAUGAGCAGGAGACACAGGCCGUGGUAAGACUAAGGAGCCUGAAAGGCCUCUAUCUUCUGUGUGAGGCGGAUGGCUCCAUGUGCCAUGGCCAGCCGAGGACCAGUCACCACGGAUGCUUCCUACUGCGAUUCCACCGGAAUGGCAAGUGGACUCUCCAGUGCAUCAUUUCUGGACGUUAUCUGGAAUCUGAUGGCGAGGACGUGUUCUGCAACUCCCGGGUCCUCUCAGCUUACCACAUGUGGACCCCCCGGCCAGCCCUGCAUGUCCACGUGACCCUCUAUAGUCCCAUCUACCACACCUAUGCCCGGGCUGACCACAGUAUGGGGCGCAUCUGGGUGGAUGCAGCAGUGCCUUGUGUGGAGGAAUGUGGCUUCCUGUUGCAUUUUCAAGAUGGAUGCUAUCACCUGGAGACCUCUACACACCACUUCUUGUCCCGUGUAGAUCGGCUAGCCUCCCAACUCUCAUCGAAGACGGCUUUUCACAUGCAAGUGAGGCCCAGGGGGCUUGUGGCACUAUGUGAUGGAGAAGGAGGCACCUUAUAUCCACAGGGCUCACACCUGCUCCUGGGCCUCGGCUCCAGUCCCACAAGGGGCACAGAGUGGUUCAUCUUACGACACUUCCCUACCUGGGUCAGCCUCAGGUCAAAGGCUCGGAAGUUCAUCUCAGUCCUCUAUGGAGCUGAGGUGUGUGCUACCUCUGAACGCUUGACACCAAUGUGCUUGUUCCAGUUUGAGUGUGACAGUGAGAGUCCCACUCUGCAGCUUCGUUCAAACAACGGCUGCUACUUAGCCCAGAGGCCCCACAGAGCAGUGAUGGCUGAUGGCCACCCAAUGGAGUCUGAUACCUUCUUCCGUGUGCACUGGAACUGUGGAAAGAUCAUCCUGCAAUCCUCCAAUGGGCGCUUUCUGAGCAUUGCACCCAAUGGUCUACUAAUAGCUAAUACCACCAGCCCAGGCCCAAAUGAGGAACUGGCUAUUCGAUUUGCCAACCGCCCUUUCCUUGUAUUGCGAGGUCGGUAUGGCUAUGUGGGCUCCACAUCAGAACGAGACCUGAUCCAGUGCAAUAUGGAUCAGCCUGACUGCAUUCAGCUCCUUCCCUGCCGCCAGGGCAUCUACCACUUCCAGGCACAGGGCGGAUCAUUCUGGUCAAUAACAUCCUUUGGCACCUUCCGCCCUUGGGGAAAGUUUGCACUCAACUUCUGCGUAGAACUUCAGGGCAGCAACUUGCUCACGGUGCUGGCACCCAACGGCUUCUACAUGCGAGCCGACAGAAGCGGCACCCUACUUGCAGACAGCGAGGACAUUACCAAAGAGUGUAUCUGGGAAUUUUAGAUCAGUGGGACACCAUGUGCCAAACUCCAAAUCCUCCUGGAAAAACAGCAGCACAGAACAGCACAGGAGGCCCCAGAGUCAAGAUCC